GCUGUGGGUAACUCUGGCUCGUCUCCUUGUUUUGAGUACUGGAUCGUCGUUGCGCCCUCGUCGCUUCUCGCGCUUCUCACUCUAAGCUCUCAGCCGGAAUAUCGUCAUCGAUGGCGGCGGAGAUCCGUGCCUAAGUUUUGCAUUAUUUGAGACUUCGAAGAUUUUUCUAAUGGCGAAGGUUGAGAAGAAGGAGGUUGCCGCCGCGACUCCUCCAUGGAAGCCGAAACCGAGACCAAUUGUGCGCCUAGGGAUCGUCCUCAUCUCGCACAGCCUUCUGGUUAGUGUUGUUUGCUGUACUGCUGGGAUUGUAGCGCUAUUCUUGCUGCCUAUGCUCGCCAAGAACACUUACAUUUCCGAAAAUGCGCUCAUGCCAGGUUCUGCGAGUAGUAUGCUCUCUAACCACGAUAUUUCGGAAGCAGAACGAUUGGCUAAGGAUCUAACUAGCUUAAAUUCUGGAGCUGCGGAUGCAGGCAUAGAAAGGAGAAGGGUACUAGCAAAAUAUUUAUCGGACUUGGGUGUUGAAGUAGGUUAUCAUAAGUUCCAGUCGCACCAGAAUCAGUUUCAUCCUCUGCACUUCUUCUCCAGUCCUGAUUCUGGGCUGUCGCAGGAGAACGGUAGCUGUUCAUCGUAUGGUAUAAAUGUUGUCGGAAUCAUAAGGGCACCACAAGCUGAUGGCAAAGAAGCUAUUGUUUUGGUAACACCUUUCAAUUUCAGAAAGAACAGUUCAUCUGAAGCUUUAUCCAUUAGCAUUGGAUAUGCAGUCUUCUCAUUGCUAAGUCGAGUUUCAUGGCUGGCCAAGGAUAUCAUUUGGCUUGUUGCAGACUCACAGUAUGGAGAAUAUGCCUCUGUUGCUUCUUGGCUGAGGGACUAUCACAUACCCGUAUUUUCUGCUUCAUCUUCUCACAAUGCUGAUUCAUGUUUUGAAGGAAACAACAUUAAUUUAUUAAGAGAAGAAUCUCCUGGUCGAACGGAGAUAUCUAGUGGGUUUAGGCGUGCUGGGACUAUGGCUGCUGCCUUAGUUUUAAAGGUCACUGAUGUAAAAGGGCAGUUGGAGGACACUCUCAGUGUCUAUGCUGAGGCUUCCAAUGGGCAGAUGCCAAACCUAGAUCUUAUCAAUGUUGUGAAUUAUUUAGCUGUACAUAGACAAGGAUUGCGCGUCAAAGUUGAGAAAUUUCUCUCUGUUCUUACAUGGGAAUGGAUUUGGAUGUUGGGAGAUACGCUUAAUUUUAUCGGUAAAGUCGCUGGAAGCUUAAAUCCAGAAUGGAAAUUUGGUAUUUCAACACCGGACUACGUUGAGGGCACAGCUACACUUGCAAGUUCAUUAUAUCGCCAGGCACUUGGGAUCCCGACAGGUCCACAUGGAGCUUUCCGUGAUUUCCAGGUUGAUGCCAUAACUUUGGAGAUUUCACCCAAAGUUGUUUACACAAACCAGGGCAGACGUAAUGAGUUUAUUCUGAGAAGUGCACGGUUGAUUGAAGGAGUUGUGCGUUCGGUCAACAAUCUUCUCGAGAAGUUCCAUCAAUCAUUCUUCCUCUACCUCUUGACCUCUCCUGCUAAAUUUGUCUCAGUUGGAGUCUACAUGAUUGGCUUUGCUCUCCUUGUGGCACCACUGCCACUUGUUGCUGCUUCCCUGUAUGUGGAUGCCAAUAAGCCGGAACCUAGCUCUCAAGAUCCCAAACAAAAGCUUCAAAUUAAUUUCAAACCAUGGAAAUGGCUGAGUGCAGCAAAACAAGUAUUCACUGUUCAUGCAUGGGGUGUAUUUGUCUCACUCCUACCCUAUUUCAUCUCUCAAAUACCCAAUUCCACUCCAGCAGCCCACUCCAUCAUCUGGUUCUCUCUCUCAACAUUCGGACUCCUGGUCCUAUAUCUCAUCACAAAAUCGCCUUCUAAACCUCAGAAGGGCAAAUGGGAGAAUCUGAAAUCAGUGACCAUAUCAGCGGUGUUCAUUGGCUUGCUGCUCAUGUCUGUUGUCAACUUUGCCACAGCACAGAUCGGGGCAUUGGUAUUAGUUCCUGCUUGUUUGCUUGCGCAGCCUCUGAAGCUCGACAUAAGAACUGCGAGUUUGAAGAGUUUCUUGAGGAUUGCUACCAACGUGUUCAUCAGUUUUGUUGCUUUCCCUCCUGCGGGAUUUUUCAUCUUAAAAGGUGUAAACGAAGGCUUUGGUAAUAUGGACGUCGGGGAGUUUUGGACCUGGCUGGAGUCCCUUUGGGCGUGGAACAGUGCUACCUACAUCUACAUAGGUAUGGUUCAUCUCCCGUGUUGGGUUUUAUGCUUGCAAAUUUUGCUUCAUUCUUGUUGAUCUGGAACUAUACAUAGAUAACAUGGACCGACCUUCCUGUAGUUUGAUGAUGAUUAUGAUGCAUGCAUUGACUCUCUUUUCUUGAUUUUAAUACAAUCUUCCCAAUCAGAAAAAUAGAAAGUUGCCUUUCGUAUAUGUGUAGAUGAAUGAUGGGGUAACCAACUUGAUCAUUGGAUGAUAUCAAAUGAUCAUUGACGCAGCAGUACUAUUGGCAAAACAUUGUGACCUUGAGGUGGUCAACAGCAAAAUUGAAAUGGAUCAAAUAUGAUCAGAGUGCAUUUUCCAUUUCUACUCUGAUCCACAUUUUUCCUUCUGUUCUUGAUUCGGUUUGAUUUGGACCAGACUACACCUUGCCAAUAGCCUGUGGUGACUUGCCUAAAUAACCCUCUAUGCUUCGAUUUGAGCGAUUAGUUUGAGCCAUAACCCACGAAACAAGGCCACCUGAACUUCAUCAAGGCACUUGAGCUUGCAAAAUCUUGUUCAAUUCUUCCUUUUUCCAUCUGGUGAGAAGCCACGUUAUGGUUGUAAUGUUGUAGCUUGUUGGUUGAGAUUUCAUCUAGGAUAGUAUAGUGGAUCCUUUCUAUUCAGAGACCUAUAGGGCAAUGUAGGCAAAUCAGGAACAAUGCACAAGAAUCUUGAUCCCCUUUAGUUACUUGGUGAAGUACUGUUGCUUUGUUGGAUUGCUUGAAGCUAAGUUGGGCAUUUUGCUUGCUCUCAACAUUCAAAUCAGGUUAAUGUUAAACUAAUGUUAGAUUGAUGGAGACCAGCUGCCUUACAUGACGUUGAUUCUUCUUCUUCUUUCAACUGUCCCCACUCGAGAUGUUUAAUCUGCUUCCUAUAGUUGUUCCUUUGUGGUUUUGGUUAGGUCCGUUGAAAGUGGUUAGGUCCUAUAGUGACCGAUACUAAGAACUGACACAAAAAUAAACAGGUUAAUAGCCGUUUAAACCGUAAGACUGACCAUUUAGCUAAAAACCCUAGGCUUAUGUGUUUAACUAAGGAUGACAAAUUGUCUAUAAUCAUGGAUAUCCGUCGAAUCCGACUCUGAAUAAUAUGUGGAUAUUUUUAAAUUUUGAACACGAAGUGAUGAGUAAUGGGCAUGAAUUAGUUUCUCACUAUCCACCCUUUGAACUUAUUUGAUUGUAUAUGGACAUGUGUUUUUUUCUUUAAAAACCUGUAUCCUUCCUCUUACCAUAUUCAACAUUUGUAUUGCAUAUACUUAUGAAUUAGUGCUCUUUUUUCUUAUUCCUCUUUAUAUCGGUUAUAUUAUAAUUCUACCUUUUCAUGUGUGUGAUGUCAAUAUGCUUGCAAUUGGUAAUGCUCUAGUUGAGAUGAUACGGUGAAAAUUCUCAUUCGUGGAUAUCCAUGGCUAAUCGAAAUUCAAAUGGGUGUGGAGCUGGUUUGUGUUUAUUACUAGCACCUUGUGUGAAUAUGAGAUGAGUAAAACCCGAACCGGUUGAGAUAGGGCAACGGAAAUCAACUAUUUACUUUCAAUCUCACUCGUUUUCAUCCCUAUGCUCAACACUUUUGUUUCUAAAGGGAUUAGAGCCAAUAGAAAAUAACAAUGUGGAUUUGCUUUGAUUGUAAUAUUGUAUCAUCGUUUCUACGAUCUCUUUGCGUUGAAAGAAACAUGUGGAGAAGA